AUGUCCACCCUGUACCCAUCUCUGGAAGACCUGAAGGUAGACCAGGCCAUUCAGGCCCAGGCCAGAGUCUCACCCAGGAUGCCUGCCCUGCCAGUCCAGGAAGCAGCUGUUCCCCAGCCUCCAGUUUUGUAUCCCAACCUGGCAGAAUUGGGAAGCUAUAUGGGUCUUUCCCUCUCCAGCCAAGAAGUUCAGCAGAGCCUGUCCCAGAUCCCACAGGGUGACAGCACAGCAGCCUCGGUCGUGUCGCCAGGCCUGGUGGUGGCACCCGUGUCGGGGAACAGCCUGGGCACACGGCGUGCAGAGAUCAAGCCCGGGGUGCAUGAGAUCCACCUUUGCAAGGACGAGCGGGGCAAGACUGGCCUGCGGUUGCGGGCCAUCAACGAGGGCCUGUUUGUGCAGCUGGUCCAGGCCAACACCCCUGCGUCCCUCGUGGGGCUGCGCUUCGGAGACCAGAUCCUGCAAAUCGACGGGCGUGACUGUGCCGGCUGGAGCACAGACAAAGCCCACCGGGUGGUGAAGAAGGCGUCGGCUGAGAAGAUCGUCAUGAUCAUUCGGGACAGGCCCUUCCAGCGGACUGUUGUCAUGCACAAGGACAGCACAGGCCACGUGGGCUUUGUCAUCAAGAAGGGGAAGGUGGUCUCUGUGGUCAAAGGCAGCUCCGCGGCCCGCAACGGGCUCCUCACCAACCACUAUGUCUGCGAGGUGAACGGGCAGAACGUCAUUGGACUGAAGGACAGAGAGACCACGGAGAUCCUGGCCAUGGCCGGGAAUGUCAUCACCCUGACCAUUAUCCCCGCUGUGAUCUAUGAGCACAUGGUCAAAAAGUUGUCCCCGACCCUGCUCCACCACACCAUGGACCACUCCAUCCCAGAUGUCUGA